AUGCUCCGAAAUACCUUUAUCCGCAGCUUGCCUGCGGUAGAAUACCCGCGAUGGGAAAAUCAAUCUCCUAGCACUUGCUGCCUGAAUAUGAAGUCUCGGAGCCCUAAUGAGAUCGGAACCUAUGAUUAUAGCCGGCCUCCUCGCGCGGUUGAAGAGCUUAAGAAGAAAUUCGCGGAUGUUGCUAAAGAAUCUAUUGCUUGGGUGAGGGGGAACCUAGCGGAUUUGCCUGCCGGGGUCGCUGGGCCUGACUAUGCUUAG